AUGGAUGCAGGAAACCAAACACGGGUCUUGGAGUUCCUCCUCCUGGGCCUCUCAGAGGACCCAGAACUGCAGCCCCUCCUCUUUGGGCUGUUCUUGUCCAUGUACCUGGUCUCCAUGCUUGGGAACCUGCUCAUCAUCCUGGCUGUCAGCUCUGACUCCCGCCUCCAUACCCCCAUGUACUUCUUCCUCUCCCACUUGUCUUUUUCUGAUAUUUGUUACAGUUCUACCAUCGUCCCCAAAAUGCUGGUGAACAUCCAGACAGCAAACAAAGCCAUCAUGUAUGCCGGAUGCAUUACUCAGAUGCAUUUUUCCAUAGUUUUUUUGUGUUUGGACAACCUCCUCCUGACCGUGAUGGCCUAUGACCGCUUUGUGGCCAUCUGCCAUCCCCUGCACUACAUGAUCAUGAUGAACCCACUCCUCUGUGGCCUGCUGGCUCUAGUCUCUUGGUCUGUCAGUAUCCUAGCCCCUCUCAUUCACAGUCUGAUGGUGCUGCAUCUCUCAUUCUGCUCACACACUGAAAUUCCCCACUUCUUCUGUGAAUUGUCUGAGGUACUCGAGACAUCCUGUUCAGAUGCUCUCAGCAAUUACAUUGCCCUGUAUUCUCUGACCGGUCUGCUGGGUAUUAUUCCAUUGACUGGGAUCCUUUACUCUUACUCUAAGAUUCUUUCCUCCAUAUUGAAAAUGUCUUCAGCGGAGGGGAAGUACAAAGUGUUUUCCACCUGUGGGUCUCACCUAAUGGUCAUUUCCUUAUUCUAUGGGACAGGGUUAAGCGUGUACCUCAGUUCUGCCUUCUCCGCAUCCUCCUCAAAGGGGACAGUGACCUCAGUGAUGUACACCGUGGUCAUCCCCAUGCUGAACCCCUUCAUCUACAGCCUGAGGAACAGGGACCUACAGGGGGCCCUGAGGAAAUGUGUCAGCAGGUCUUUCUACCCCUUUUAA